UAUGGUGUGAAUGUGAGGUAAAAAUAAAAAAAUGCUAUAGUUUUUUGAUUGCUGAUUGGAAUUGGAUUUGCUUACAUUUUUGUGUUUAUUUUGUGAAUUCGGAAUUUUCUGAAAGUAGUGUUUUUAUUGUUCAAGCGAGGUAAUUCUAGAAAGCAGUAAUUGUAUUGCUUAACCAAAAUGGAAGUCCUUUAGCUAUUUUACUCGAAAUCACUAUAACUAUUUUUAAUCAUGUGGAAAUAUGUUACGCGUCGUAUCAGAGAUACAUUUGAGAGAGGUGCUAAUCAUUUCGAUAAACGGCAUUCGGCUGUGAUAAAUACAUCAAAGAAUAAUAUACACGAAGAGAAAAACAAAAAUGCGAAUUCUCCGUGUUGUUGGUUUACACCUAGAAAGUGUUGGAGCAGUUAUCAAAGCGAAAACGACACUAACAACAAACGAUGGAACUUUGAACAACUGAAUCGCACUUGGAUCGGAGCCAUAACAUGGAGCAGUGCACUCGUUUUUGGAUGGUACACCAGCCAGCUCAUACAUUUGAAAUGUAAAAAGCAAUCAAAAAUUGACAAAAAGUGCUAUUUGCCUAGAAUCAGCUACUUACUUCAAAUCUUACCUUGUUUGAACAAUCAUUCUUUGGAUACAUUAAAGUUACCUUCUCAGUUAGAUACCUCAUUUCCAAAUGUACCUCCUAUUGUUCAUUUGGUAACAAAUGAUCAUAGUGAAGGUAAUGGAGAAACUAGUCGAAGCAGCACCAGUACUGAUGCUUCAGAUGAUUUAGGAGAAGUUCUCAAUUCAAUUGAGAAUAGACUUGGUUUAGCUGCUAUAGAGAAUGGGCAACACCAAGAUGGACUGAACUUACUAAGAUCUGCAGCAAACCGUAACCACCCACCAGCCUUGUACAAUUUGGGCCUUUGUUAUGAACUGGGAAUGGGAGUUGAAAUGGAUGAGAAAACAGCUAUGGAGCUAUACCGUUCAGCUGCAGCAUUGCAACACCCGGGAGCACUUUACAACCUUGGGAUAUACUAUGGUCAAGGCCGCGGCGGCCUAUCUAAAGAUAGAGCAACCGCGAUACGACUUUUACGUCUAGCUGCCGUACAAGGGCAAGAAGAUGCAAUCGCAGCAUUGAAAUCACUGGAGGAGCCGUCAACACCACCACCCGAUACUGAUAUGGACGCUUGGACAAAACAAUUUACACAUAUACAUGGUAAUAUUGUACCAACACAUUCAGUUUUGUUUGUGGAUAAUUUGAACACUUUAAAUGCACAAAACUAUAACUAUGAACCUGUAGUAUAUUAAAUUCAUUGACAUCCUAUAAUAAAAGGAUGCACAGUCAUGUAGAAAAUCUUCACUUAAAAACUAGCCAAUUUUGCUUUGACAGUUAUUGGUAAAGAAAAUUAUACAUAAAGGCCUUUAAAUAUAGUCCAAUGUUCAAUACAAUCCCAAACACAGCAAAUUCAACCUUAAGGAUUGAGUUUAAGGUUGAAGUUGCAAAUGCGACUAGUUGAAUUGAGUGCCAAGAAGUUGUGUUUGGCACUCAUUGAGUGGGGAUGUUUUUUGGUCGCUGAUUGUGCAUCCACUUUUAAAUAGGAGAUCGAUUAUUAAAUUAUAUUAAUCAAGCUACAGUGGUGGUGGUAAUUUUUUUUUUGCAUUUAAAAAUUAUAUGCUGUAACAUCAGGAAGGAGUGUGUUUUUUAGGAUUGUAAUUAAAAUGCUUUCUUUUAGGGUUUAGUUUUAUUAUUCCUGUGCUUUAGCACACUUUAUUUUGAAAAAAAAAGAUAUAACUAUAAGUUUCUUUGAAUUAAAACUAAAAAUUCUUAUAACUUGUAAUAUUAUAUUGAUAAGACAAAAAUAACAACAACAAAAUAUGUUAUUGUUUACAUAUUUCUUGUCAUUCAAAUAGUAUGUGAUAAGAUAAAAUACUGACUAAAUUUUAUAUUAUUACAUCAAAUAAUCUGGGAUUAUAAUUAUUUUAUCAGGUAGAUCUGUUGUAACUAUAAAUUGUAGUUGCUUACUAGCUAGCUUAUGCUAUCUAGGAGUGUUGAAAAUUUGAAUAGUUUUAUUUUUUAAGUAUAAGGAUUGCAACAUUUUGAGUGUACCAGACAGUGAAUUUUAAUUAUAUAAUUAUUAUCGAUCUACAAUUUCAGUGACUAUAGUUAGGUAAUUCGUGAAUAUAAUGAAAUUUCAUAUGUGGUAUCAAUCAAAAGGUUAACCUCAUGUACAUGUCUCGCAGUGUAAACUACAUUAUCAGUAGUAUAAAAUUAUUUCUUUAAAGCUAGGUAUACACUAUAUUCUCUUGCUCAAAAUGCCAUAAGAUUCUAUGCAAUUGCAGCUGUAAUAAAGCAGAUGCAUUUCAUCAUUACUUACCUACAGGUCAAGGGCUAACUUAUAAAGUGACAUGGCAAGAAAUUUCGUACUACCCACUUAUAUUUAUAUACCGAAUUCAAUAAAUAACUAUAUUAGGACAGAACACACAUUGCCAUCUAACCCCCAAAGUAAGCUUAAAGCUAUUCUGCCUAUAAAAGUACGACGAAAACAAACAGUCAAUAUUCUCUUUCUCUCGGACCACUGUCUAGUGUAGAUAUAUAAAUAGUAUUUAUGUGACAACUGUACCAUGUUAUGUGCAUUACAAUUUUACCAACCAAUUGCAAAUUUGCAGCCAGUUUGAAUAUAGUGAAUAACCAGCUUGAUUUUAAAAAAAACUGUGUAACAGUGUUUUGAAAUAAAAGUCUUGUUUUGUAA